AAAACAUUCGCUCUUUUAUCUCAAUCUCGGUUUUGUUAUCUUUUUUCAGCUCCAUCUCUGUCCGCUCCACCCCAUGAUUCCAUAAAUAUUGAUCAUCUCCGCCCGUAAUUCCGCCGGAGGAGGAGGAGCAUGAAGUUCUCGAAGAAUCUCAGCAACCUGAUCGAGCAGACGCAGCCUGAUUGGCGAGACAAGUUCUUGUCCUACAAGGAUCUCAAGAAGAAGCUCAAGCUGAUCCGUCCGAAAGAGGCCGAGCCGAGUGAUGCCGCUUGCGUUAGGCCCCGCAAGCGGCGCAGGUUGGUCGAGGACGGUGGCGGAGAGGCGGUCGCGGAGGAGGUCGUCGGUUUCGUCAGGGUGUUGGAGGACGAGAUCGAGAAGUUCAACGCCUUUUUCGUCGAUAAAGAGGAAGAGUACAUCAUCAGAUUAAAGGUUCUGCAGGACAGGGUAGCAGAGGUUCAGGAUUCAAAUGAAGAGCUGAUGACAGUGGGAAGGGAGAUCAUAGAUUUUCAUGGAGAGAUGGUUCUAUUAUUGAAUUACAGUGCGCUGAACUACACAGGAUUAGUGAAGAUACUGAAGAAAUAUGACAAGCGAACUGGGGCUCUCAUUCGCAUGCCUUUCAUCCAAAAGGUACUGCAGCAGCCGUUCUUUAAAACUGACAUUCUUAACAAGCUCGUCAAAGAGUGUGAGACAAUGCUUGAUCCGUUCUUGUCAAUGAAAGAGCAUCUGGUCACGUAUCAAUCGGCUAAAGGGGAAAGAGAGCUUCAAAGCUUGACCCGAUCCAACCGCAAAGGCAGCGUCCAGAAUGUUCGGGAAGAACUCGCUGAAAUCAAGAACAUCGAGAGCAUGCACAUGAAACAUACUUCAACAGCACUCGAGGUCUUAAACAAGAUCCGAAGUGGAAGUUCUACGGUGAGCGUGUUUUCUCUUCCUCCGUUGCAAACUAAUGAUGUGCCGAAGCCGAAGGCAGCAGCAUGGAAGAAAAUCCCUGUCAUGGAGCAAUCGGCCGAGUAGUUUUUGGACAAUAUAACCAAUUCCCCAGGUUUAGAACUUCAUCGUUUGUAGAUAGGCUUUGCUGCUCCCAGCUGAUUUCAGUUCCUUUUAACAUUGUGUUGUUGAAAUGAGGACGAUAAUCUUAUCAAACUACUGGGUUUUCAAUUAACUCAUUUAAAAUUACUUAAUUAUAA